AUGAAAAGGAAGCAAUUUUCUCUUACCAACUUAUUAAAUGACAAGAUUUCAAAACAAGAUAUUCAAUUACGAAAAGCUAUUCCAGCUCGGAUACGUUUAGCCAUAACACUGAGAUAUUUGGCCACAGGAGACGACUUCCAAAGUCUACAUUUCCUAUUUAAGAUUUCUCCUCAACUGAUUUCGAAUAUUAUACCAGAAGUAUGCAGUGCUCUAAACGAAGUAUUAAAGGACGAAAUUAAGCUUGUUCUAUUAUACUUGGUUCACUUAUAG